AUGAGUGAAUAUACAGAUAUUGAGAGAUCAGUGGUACAAUACCUAGUGUCAGUGGGUACUGCAAGAGAAGAGGUCUUGGUGACGAUACAUGACAAAUUAAAGAAAGGUUUUGAAGAAGAGCUUGGUGAAGACCAUGAAUUAUUGAAAAGACCUUUGGAAACUUCAAUUGAUUUAAUUAAUGAUAAAUUACAUUUAUUGGGGUAUCAAAUAGAUAAGAUAAGAUCACAAGAUACAAGAGAAUUAUAUUUUGUUUAUGUCAAUACAGUUUCAGAUGCUCCUUCUAAAAUUAGUACAAAUCAUUCACCAAAAGAAAUUGAUAUCAUUAAAAAAAUCAUUGAUUUUAUUAUAACUGAAAGUGAAGAUGAAAGUUAUGUUAUAUCAAGUUCCCAGGCAAUUAGAAUAUGUUCAACAGCUGCUUUACUUACAGCAUCUGAAAGUGAACAUUUCCUCAAACAAUUAGUUGAUGAAGGUUGGUUAAAUCGUUCUUCAAAAGGUAGAUAUUCAUUAUCAAUAAGGACAUUAUCAGAAUUGAAAAGAUUCUUGGUUGAUCAGUAUGGUGUUAGAAGUAAUAAAAAUCCAGAUGGUCAAAUUAACUUAUGUAAAGGUUGUAAUGAAAUUGUUACAGUUGGAUUACGUUGUUUUGAAGAAAGUUGUUAUAUUAAAUUUCAUAAAGAAUGUCAAUUACAUUAUUUUAGAGCAAAAGGGUCAAAUUGUCCAAAUGAAAACUGUGAAGUUGAUUGGAUGAAUGAAGAACAACGUCCAUUACCAGUUGGUGAAAAAAGAUUGAGAAGAUGA